AUGCUUUAUAGGUUCAACCGAAAAUUCAUUGUAGUGGUCGGAGUGACGUUGUGGUUGGCUGCUGUGAUUGCUUCAACAUUUGUACCGGCCGAGCAUUUCUGGAUGUUUCUGCUAUUCCGCGGAAUCGUUGGAAUCGGUGAAGCAUCCUAUUCAAAUGUAUGUCCGUCGAUGAUUUCGGAUAUGUUCACUGGUCCUACUCGCAGUCGUAUGUACAUGAUUUUCUACUUUGCUGUACCUGUUGGAAGCGGCCUCGGUUUUGUCGUGGGAUCAAAUGUGGCCAGCUUGCUGAAUGCUUGCAAUUGGGAUACGUGUUACGACAUGGGGGCUGGUAUCGUUGCAUUGGCAUUACUGAUUCUCGUGGUCGAUGAGCCAAAACGCGGAGGAGCUGAAAUCACUGAAGGAGCUCAUCUUCAAGUGGCAGGUGGCAACUCGUACUGGAUGGACAUUAAAGCGCUCGCCUGCACGGUUGGCUUGAUCUUCGGUUUGAUCACUACCGUGUCCGGUAUCAUUGGAGUAUCAAUAGACGUUUCGGACGCUAUACGCGGCCCAGUGAAGACACCCGAGACGCAAUACCUUUCACUGAUCAAGGCCUGCGCUGUCACAGUGGUGCUUCUUUGUGUAUCUGCUGCACUGUACUUCGCCUGUGCAGCAGUACUGAUCAAAGAUCAAUACAAAUUCAAGGAGCAAAUGGGUAUGUCAGUUAUUGGUGCUAAGCUUGCCCAAAAUUUUAUGUGA